CGGCACGGUCGGUGCUGCCUCCUCCCGGGCCGGGGCGUGCGGAGGGACGGACGGCAGGAGGCAGGAAGGGAGGAAAGGAGGCAGGGUGGGAGGGACCCCACGGCGCCGCUCGGAGCCUGGCCCGGCCCCGGGAGCGCGACAAGCGCCUGGCACGGGAUAAAGUUAUCCCGGAAUAAGGCUGCACGCAUGUGCGUCACCCCGGAUGUGAACAUGCCGGCCCGGCUCCCCGCUAGCUCGCUCCGCCUGGCUCCAACGGAUGGGCUGAGCCGUGCCGUGCCGAGCCGAGCCGUGCCGAGCCGUGCCCGAGGCCCUGCAGCCCGGUAGGGGCUGGGGGAGGCCGGGCCGCCCGGGCGCCCUCGAGGGCCGAGGUGCGAAAGCCCCUCCCGGCGGGGCAGGGCAGGUGCGCAGCCCGGGGCGGCGGCGGGCGCGGCCCCGGGAGCGAUGGAUUUUCGUGGGAAGAAGUACGAGCGCGGCAGUAACUGGUCGGACCCCGAGGUGGUGGAGCUGCUGCAGCUCUGGGCCGACGAGUCGGUGCAGAUAGAGCUGGAGAGCUGCUUGCGCAACCAGCACGUCUUCAACCGCAUCGCCGAGGUGCUGCGGGAGAAGGGCAUCCACCGGACGGGAGACCAGUGCCGGGAGAAGAUCAAGAAGAUGAAGCUGGAGUACCGGCGGAUCAAGGACAAUAGCAAGGCCCCGCGGGGCGGGCGGACGUGGAAGUUCUACGAGGUGAUGGACCGGGUGCUGACCAGCCGGCCGGCCCUGGCCUACGGCUCCCUGAGCGGCAGCAUGAUGGCUCAGCAGGUGCUGCAGGGCAGCAUGGUGGAGAGCUACCACCACCAGUUCACCGCCUCCGCCCUGCCCUUCGGACACUCCCAGCACCCUGAGCUGAUGGAAAUCAAAUGUGAGGAGGUGAACUCUGAUGACCACAGCUUGACCCCAGAGCCCACACAAGCCAUGUCUUACCAGCAGGGCUCCCCUGAAGAGCAGGAGAUGGAGAGAGCCUUCUUGGAGAGGGCCCAAAAUGACUCUCCCAUCUCCAGGGUGGAGAUUCCCAUUGAAACCAGUGUUUCACCUUCAGGUUUCAGUGAGCCAAACAUGGCAAACUCAUCACGGAUCCAGAACGUUGUUCCCCGGCCCGGCUUCUCUGCCUUGCAUCGGCUGAGAAAAAAGCGGAAAGGCCAGCGCCUGAGGGACCCACUGGACGAUCUGCUGCUGAAGACUCUGACAUCUCAGCGGGCCAUGGAGGAGCGCUUUUUGCAGAUGGAAGAACGCCGCUUUCAGCGAGAUUUGGACGUGGAGGAGCGUCGGAUGCAACUGGAGCAGCGCCGGUUUGAACUGGAGCGGGAACAUGAGUUUCGCAUGUUCAAUGUCUUUGCUCAAAUGCUCAGCAUCCUAAAGCAGAGCCAUAGUGGCUCCUCCUCCUCUGUUGCCAUGCCUCAGGGUUUGGACUUCAGCCAGGCACUGUCCGAAAUUGAGGGAAUGGGAGGAAGAGGGAGCAACCUGCAAGAGAUGAGGGUUCGGCCGCUUGCCAAGAGGAGGAUUGACAUGCACAGCUUCUGUAACCCCAGCGGCUUCCAGAGAAGCCCCUACCUCUCUGCUCGUGGCAACUUUGCCAGCGUUUUUCAGGGCUCCACUGAGGAAGGGUACAAAGCCUACCAUGCUGACAAGUAUGAUGAAGACAAGAACCCCAAUGGUAUAAUAAACUUUGGCACCAGUGAGAACAAGCUCUGCUUUGACCUGAUGUCCAAGCGGCUGACACAGGCUGAUAUGAAUGUGAUGGACCCUUCACUGCUUCAGUAUCCUGACUGGAAAGGACAUCUGUUUUUACGGGAAGAAGUGGCUCGAUUUUUGACCUAUUACUGCAAGGCCCCUGCACCUCUCAAAGCAGAGAAUGUGAUUGUUUUAAAUGGUUGUGGCUCUUUAUUUUCUGCAUUAGCCACAGUCCUUUGUGAUCCAGGGGAAGCUAUUCUGAUUGCUACUCCCUGUUAUAGUGGUAUUACCCAGAGUAUCUUCCUCUAUGGUAAUGUCAAGCUGGUGUAUGCCUAUUUAGACAGUAAGAUUACUGGAACAAGUACUCGGCCUUUUCAGCUUACAGUGGAAAAACUGGAAAAAGCCUUGCAGGAUGCCCGGGCAGAGGGUGUCACUGUAAGGGCCUUAAUUCUUCUGAAUCCCCAAAAUCCCCUUGGGGACAUCUACUCCUUGUCAGAGCUACGGGAUUACCUGGAAUUUGCUAAAAGGCAUGAAUUGCAUGUGAUAGUAGAUGAGAUCUACAUGCUGUCAGUUUUUGACGAAUCAGCCACGUUUCACAGUGUCCUAGGCAUGGACAGAUUGCCUGAUCCACAGCGGACUCAUGUGAUGUGGGGCAUAACCAAGGAUUUUGCUGUUUCUGGGAUUCGUUUUGGUACUUUGUAUACAGAGAACCAAGAUGUUGCUAAUGCAGUGGCCUCUUUGUGUUAUUUCCACGGGGUUUGUGGACCUGUCCAGCACAAGGUUGCCCAGCUGCUUAGAGACAGAGAUUGGAUCAACCAGGUGUACCUGAGGGCCAACCAUGCCCGCCUAAAAGCUGCCCAUACGUAUGUGACAGAUGAGCUGAAGACACUUGGGGUUCCUUUUCUCAACCGCAAUGCAGGCUUCUUUGUCUGGAUUGAUUUCCGAAAGUACCUUAAGACAGGCACAUUUGAGGAGGAGUUGCUGCUCUGGAAGCGUUUUCUGGAUAAUAAGGUCCUCCUGUCCUGUGGAAAAGCCUUUGAGUGCAGUGAACCUGGAUGGUUCCGCAUCAUCUUUGCUGACAAGACCCACCGGCUGCAGUUAGGUAUGCAACGGAUACGCAAGGUUUUGGAAGAGCGUGAGCAGGAGAUACUGGCUGAGGAGAAGGAGCAGCCUUGUCAAUCAGAUCAGGAUGGCAAAGCAGAUAGCACAGAUGAAGUCAUUUUUGUAUCCCGCCACCAGGACCCUAUCUGUGCCAGUAACUCCAGCCUUGGUGACCUCAUUGGCCUCCUGCAGCAACAGAUGCGUUCAUCUGACUGGCUACAGAAAAACACAGCUGAGCAAUUUGCCCAGGAAAAGCCAGAGAUCUAUGACGUGUUCAGCAAACUGGUGGGGAAGCAAUAGGGGUCAGUGUGCCUCCAGGGGCAUUCCUGAGCAGUGACUGACCCUGGGCUCCUAAUAGCUCAGUAGUGACUUCCAGCAAAUAAUAUAUUUUCUGUAUAGCAAGAAAAUUACUUUGUAGGCCCCCUCCUCUCCCCCCUGUUUGAGAUCUCUGAUUUGUACUAUAUAGGUGUGUUUCCUUGGAUUGGGGUGAGGGUAGGGAAGGGGGGGUGUCUUGUUUGCGUGCUGCUCUCUGUUCUGCAGCAUCAUUGUAUUUUAUAUUUAAUUUCUAAUGAAUAUGCUCUUAACUCUCUUAUAA